CACACUACCCAGGGCCUGCCUUGGCUGGUGGCUCUUCUGGAUAACAGGGAACUUUGAGACCACUCCCCGAGGACUCAGGGCGCCCCAAGAGACAGCGGGUUGGAAGCCGGUAGAGUGGACAGAAGUAGAGACGGCGGGAGCUGCGGGUGGCGGCAGCAGCGCCCAGGGUCCGAGGCCCUCGGGUCCUCUGGGCUGCGGGACGCAGUGACUUUGAGGAGGAGCGCGAGCGUCCCCCCUCCCCUCCUGCCUCCACGCGGGGCGCGCCGGGAUCGGGGGCGGGGGGGUGGUGGUGGUCCGAGAGCGCCCCCCUCUCCCACGCGGGCCUCGCGGGGCGGUGAGUCAAGGCCGGGAGCCGAGCCGCUCUCCCCGGCAGACCCGACCGAGGCGCGGGCGGCGGCGCGCAGGACGGGCAUCCGAGACGCGCUCCCGCCGCCCCAGCUGCGCUGCGCUCCCGGCCAGAAGUUUGCCCCGCGUUGGCCAAGUUGCGAGUGGGGAGCCUCUCCGGGCUCCGGGGUGAGCAUCCGUCUUCUCGCUCGGGCUGGUCCGGGCAUGGCCGGGCCGGGAGCGUCGCCCCACGUCUGGGGGUGGCUGCUGCUCGGAGGUUGCCUUCUCGUCGGAGCCCAGCUGGAUUCUGGUGGCACCAUUACCAUGGAGGAGCAGAUUGUCCUUGUCCUGAAAGCUAAAGUCCAAUGUGAGCUCAACAUCACAGCUCAGCCCCAGGGAGGAGGUAAAGAGGGAAAUUGUUUCCCAGAAUGGGAUGGACUCAUUUGUUGGCCCAGAGGAACAGUGGGGAAAAUAUUGGCUGUCCCAUGCCCUCCUUAUAUUUAUGACUUCAAUCAUAAAGGAGUUGCUUUCCGACACUGUAACCCCAAUGGGACGUGGGAUUUUAUGUACAGUUUAAAUAAAACAUGGGCUAAUUAUUCAGAGUGCCUUCGCUUUCUGCAGCCAGAUAUCAGCAUAGGAAAGCAAGAAUUCUUCGAACGCCUCUAUGUCAUGUACACAAUUGGAUAUUCUGUCUCCUUCGGUUCCUUGGCUGUGGCUAUUCUCAUCAUUGGUUACUUCAGACGAUUACAUUGCACUAGGAACUAUAUCCACAUGCACCUGUUUGUGUCUUUCAUGCUGAGAGCCGUAAGCAUCUUCGUCAAGGACAAAGUGGUCCAUACUCACAUAGGAGUAAAGGAGCUGCAGUCUCUGGUAAUGCAGGGUGACCUGCAGAGUUUCAUGGGAGUGCCUUCUGUGGACAAGUCACAGUAUAUUGGGUGCAAGAUUGCUGUUGUGAUGUUUAUUUACUUCUUGGCUACAAAUUACUAUUGGAUCUUGGUGGAAGGUCUCUACCUGCAUAGUCUAAUCUUUGUGGCAUUCUUUUCGGACACCAAAUACCUGUGGGGCUUCACCUUGAUAGGCUGGGGGUUCCCGGCAGCAUUUGUUGCAGCCUGGGCUGUGGCGCGAGCAACUCUGGCUGACGCAAGAUGCUGGGAACUUAGUGCUGGAAACAUCAAGUGGAUUUAUCAAGCUCCAAUCUUAGCAGCUAUCGGGCUCAAUUUUAUUCUGUUUCUGAAUACGGUUAGAGUUCUGGCUACCAAAAUCUGGGAGACCAAUGCAGUUGGGCAUGACACAAAAAAGCAAUACAGGAAACUCGCCAAAUCGACCCUGGUCCUGGUGCUGGUCUUUGGAGUGCACUACAUCGUGUUCCUGUGCCUGCCCCACUCCUUCGCUGGGCUGGGCUGGGAGGUCCGGAUGCACUGUGAGCUCUUCUUCAAUUCCUUUCAGGGUUUCUUUGUGUCUAUCAUCUACUGCUACUGCAACGGGGAGGUUCAGUCCGAGGUGAAGAAGUUGUGGGGCCGGUGGAAUCUCUCCAUCGACUGGAAAAGGACGCCCCCAUGCGGCGGCCACCGAUACGGCUCCGUGCUCACCACCUUGACCCACAGCACCAGCAGCCAGUCGCAGGUGGCUGCCAGCGCUCGCAUGGUGCUCAUCUCUGGCAAAGCCACCAAGACAGCCGGCCACCAGCCCGACAGCCACAUGACGUUACCCGGCUAUGUCUGGAGUAACUCGGAGCAGGACUGCCUGCCACACUUGAUCCACGAGGAGACCAAGGAAGGUAACGCCAGGCGAGGAGAUGAGAUUCCAAUGGCGGAGUCUCCCAGGCGGUUGGAAUUCAACCCAGACCCUGAAGGAAGCAGAGGAGAAACGGAGGAUGUUCUCUGAGUCAACAUCUGUGACUUUAAAGAGCUGGUCCCUCAGGUUGUGUGAGAGAAGCUUGGCUGGCAUUCCUCUGCUUGCGCCCCAGAACUGAAAAUUCAGGGUUCAAAGUGUUAUUUCACAAAAAUGUUCAGGUUGCAUGAAUUUGAUCCUAUAAAUCCUAAAGACACAAAAGAAGAAGUGUCAGUGGAGUAGUUUAUUCUCUUAUGUUGGCAUCAAGUUCUCUUCCAAAUUGUUGUGCGACAAAUUGCUCUGUGAUUGUUCAUUUUUCUGCUGCUCUUGGGUAGAAAACGUUUCACUCACUUGGCUCUGGUUUUCUCUCAUAAAUAUCACCCUAAGUAUGAUAGAGAUCAUUCAGUAUGUGUCGUUUCCCUUUUCAGAUAUGAGCAUUCUGUUUUUCUCUUUCUCAUUUUAAGGUACUUCUACCGUUGCAUUUCUUUGGGGGAUGCAGGGGAGCAAUUAGGGUCUGAAGAUGUAUGUUGAAACGUGAGCUAAGAACACACACACACUGGAAAAUAAGGGGCUGGGCUUUGAUAAGAUAAUACAUUUGUGACAUAUUUGUUUCUUUCUAGGAACAAGGAGAAUUACUCAAAAAAGUAUUGCACAUAUUCCUUCUUUUGAAUGUCUCCUUUGUGACCAGCCAAAUCUUAGGUCUUGUUCACUCCUCUGUAAAGCUUGACAUGUCACACGGUUUUCCCUGUUAGCUUGUGUCUGCAGGCUGAUUGUGUUUGUAAUCGUUUGUAUCGCUGGUAAGACACACAGCAUCCGUGCCUUUUGUUCUUUGUUCUGUUGCUACAUUCCAAAUGGCAUGUGGAAUGGCAUAAAUUAAAAGUUUGUUUUAAAAAUA